AUUUGUUUGAGCCGUCGCUGUCUCAGUGAGCGCCUUCGAAGAAGGGACACACUUGAGAAAAUCGCCAUCUGCUCCCGGACAAUUCGCAACCAGAGGAAAAGCAAUGUGGUUCGCCAUCCGCGGACCAGACCCGUUGGACUCUCGUCUCCAAGAGCAAGGAACGCUUGGGUUCACCUUGCUCACCUCCGAGCCUGCCCUGAGCAUCCCCCGGAGGAUCUUCACCCGACCUCAAACCCCCAGUUUUGGAGGAAAAAAAGCCUCCUUACUCCUCCGUAACUCAACACCGCGGCGGCCACCUCUGCUCUUACGCUGGAGGAACCUCCUCUUGUGUGGAUGUCUCUUCUCAGGAGCCCUCCCCAGCCCAACCCAAGCUUCUUGCCACCACCCAGGUCCCAGCCUCCGACCCUCCUACCCAGAGGAGGUGACGUUACGGCGAGCACCAAGCUCACCGUAGGGCCAAGAAGAGGGGUUCAGCACCCGCAGGAGACGGCUUUCCCUGCAACGGGGGAUGCUUUGUGGGGAGGGGGCUACACAAAGAGGUGCUGGGCUGUGUUUCCAGCCGCCCACCCCUCGCUGCAGAAGGAACCAGAGGCAGGGCCGUGCCCUCCGACCCGAGGCAGAGAAGUGAAACCCCAGCGAAGUAGCAAACAAGUCGAGGCGCAAACACGGCACGGAUCCGCGGCGUUUCACCGCGGCUCGUUAUCUCCGGUUAGACUGGAGACGGUAGAGCCGGGUUUGAGAAGAGCAGAAAUAUCAGCAAUUAAAGAUAUGUCGUGUCAAAAAAACUCUAAACUGAUUAAAGUUGAAGGCUCCGUUUUCUCCUUUUCAUCAGAGAACGGAAUCAAAACCUGCCUGGAAAGACGCGCUCCCCCCGUUCCCAGCGCUCCGAAGGCAGCGCCUGCAUCCGUCCUGCUGUGUCCCUGCAUUUUAAUUACCACCUUAUUAAUAUUCAUGAGGAUAGGCACUCAAGGGGGAUUGCAGUCUGUCAUUCUCUCUCUCUCUCUCUCCCCCCCGCCACCUCUCCCUCUCUCUCUCUCGGCUGAAUCUGUGUUUUUUUUUUCUCUCCCCUUCCCAACAGUUGGCGUGCUGCAGAUCCGUGCGCGGCUGCGUGUGCACGCAGAGCCGCGGCGCUGUGCGUGCAAGGGGAGGGCGCCCAUGGGUGCGACGGGGUGGGUGUGGGAUUGCCCCCGUGGCAUGGGGCAGCCCCGGCACCCAGAGAUGAAAUUGAACCGUGCUGCUCCGCGGGGGAGUGAGCAUGUGUGCGCCUACGUGGCGGCUGCUGUGCGCUUGGUGGCGGCAUGGCAGCGGGGAGCCCCAGUGGUUGGUGCACGUGCAAGGGUGUGUGCGAGGAUUGUGUGCACGGCUGUGUGUGUUCGUGCUCGCUUGCAUUACUCUUGGCAUCUCUGAGUGCUCGGGUUAUGGUGCAGGACCUUGCGGAGCUGCAGGAUGAGCCAUGAGGGUGACGUGGGGCCUCGCGGGUGCUGCAUGCACCCAGCAAAGGUGGGGACAUACCCGGCUGUGCCCGUUUGGUGGUGCAGCGUGCUGGCCAGGCACAGCGGGGCCCGGCUGCCUUCUAAGGUCUGUGGCACUGGCAUGGCCUGGGAGGAGAAGCAGGAGAAAGCCUGGCUUUUGGGCACAUGGAGGUUGGCAAUGGAGCUGGAGGUAAAUGGAUUUUCUCAUCCCUAAGCUGAGCAACACGGGGUUCACCCACUCCUGGCUGCCCUGCAGCGUGCGACCCGUUCUGCGUUCCCUACUGAACAUAAAGGCCACGUGGCAAUGGAGGGGAGCUUGCUUCCCUUAUGCAAACCCACACACGCCCUGCUCCCCUCUCACUGGAGGAAGGCUCACAAGGGCCGGGCUGUUCCCAGCCAGGUCCCUAUCCCUGUCCCUGCAGGACAGCGCUGGGGCGAUGCAGAGCCUGGAGCUGUGGGCAGAUCCCCAUCGCCCCACACUGCUCCCAGCCCUGCACAAACAUCCCAGCCACCACCAGCCCAAGCACCAAAGCCCCGUGUGCUGCACCUGGACCACGGCCCCGUCU